AUUUCACUUAUAUUUGUAAUCGACUUUUUUUUGUUUUGAAGUCUUUGCAUGCUUACAUGGAUCGGACAGUUCGACGCACAGACCACCGUGCCAGAACCGCAAGUCCGUAACCCCUCGCGUUAUUUUUUUCCCUUUCUGGGCACGCAGACCCCUCUCCCUUGCCGAGCGCCCAAGCCCCCUUGGCUCGUCUUUCUCCUCGCGCACCCUGGACUCCAGCAGCGCAAGCGCCACCGCAGCCGGUUCAUCUCCAAAUCUCUCGCUCCCGACCGUUUCUCCCUAAAUUGAAGCAUCAAAAUUAUUUCCCAUCACCCCACGAACCGAUUCUGCUCUCUAGUUCCUCGUUUCAUCUCCUUAAUUCCCCCAAUUCGUAACCGAAGCCAUGAAUCUCCCCCGAGUUCGAAACCGAGGCAAAAAUCAACGUAGGGCGGCCGGUCCUCCGCCCAUGCGUACCAUGGCACAUCUCAAACAUGCUCUCGCCCUCCUCGGGCUCCUCGUCUUCUCCUCCUCCCAUGCCACACUGCAGCCACCAACAACUCUCCACGUCCCCGUCUUCCACCGCGACACGGUCUUCCCGCCACCGCCUGACGACGUCAAGUGUGUAAGCCUCCUAAGCCGCCGCCUCGCCGCCGACGCCGCACGCUACGCGGCGCUCGUGGCGUCCCUGAUCAUCGGCAGCUUGACCGCGCACGACGACGACCAUCUCCAUUCCCCCGUCAUCUCCGGGCUCCCCUUCGCGAGCGGCGAGUACUUCGCGUCCGUGGGCGUCGGCACCCCGCCCACCCCGGCGCUGCUGGUCAUCGACACCGGGAGCGACGUCGUGUGGCUCCAGUGCAAGCCCUGCGUGCACUGCUACCGCCAGCUGAGCCCGCUCUACGACCCGAGAGGCUCCAGCACCUACGCGCAGACCCCUUGCUCGCCGCCGCAGUGCCGCAACCCCCAGACCUGCGACGGCACCACCGGAGGCUGCGGGUACAGGAUCGUCUACGGCGACGCCUCCUCCACCAGCGGCAACCUCGCCACCGACCGUCUCGUCUUCUCCAACGACACGUCCGUCGGCAACGUCACCCUCGGGUGCGGCCACGACAACGAGGGGCUGUUCGGGUCGGCUGCCGGUCUGCUCGGCGUCGCCCGGGGCAACAACUCCUUCGCCACGCAGGUGGCCGACUCCUACGGCCGAUACUUCGCCUACUGCCUCGGCGACCGCACGCGGAGCGGCAGCAGCUCGUCGUACCUCGUCUUCGGCCGCACGGCGCCGGAGCCGCCGUCCUCGGUGUUCACCCCGCUGCGGUCCAACCCGCGGCGCCCGAGCCUCUACUACGUGGACAUGGUUGGGUUCAGCGUGGGCGGCGAGCCGGUCACCGGGUUCUCCAACGCCAGCCUCUCGCUCGACCCGGCGACCGGGCGUGGCGGCGUCGUGGUGGACUCCGGCACGUCCAUCACGCGGUUCGCCAGGGACGCCUACGGGGCGCUGCGGGACGCCUUCGACGCGCGCGCGGCAAAGGUAGGGAUGCGGAAGGUGGGCAGGGGCAUCUCGGUGUUCGACGCGUGCUACGACCUCCGGGGCGUCGCCGUUGCAGACGCGCCAGGGGUCGUGCUGCACUUCGCCGGCGGCGCGGACGUGGCGCUGCCGCCGGAGAACUACCUCGUCCCCGAGGAAAGCGGGAGGUACCACUGCUUCGCGCUGGAGGCGGCGGGCCACGACGGGCUCAGCGUCAUCGGCAACGUCCUGCAGCAGCGGUUUCGUGUCGUGUUUGACGUCGAGAAUGAACGAGUCGGAUUCGAGCCGAACGGCUGCUGAAUUAUUUGAUCUCAAGCACGAGCAAUACAGUUUGUUUUAUCCUCACGCACGAUCGAUCGAGAUCGAGAGUGUAAAUCUGCGGCCAUAAGUUGUUUAUCGGGUUUGAUUCAGGUGUUAAAUGCAACCACUACAAAACUACUCCCUCCGUCUCGGUCAGUUAGGGACGGAGUGAGUAGUAUAAGACGUACAGAUUUUUGUUGAAAUUGAUUUUCAUGAAGUUUGAACUAUAGAAAGCACUGGAUCUCAGGAGUCAAAGUGGGUU